UUGCAUUGCUGUCUUUCCUUGCAGGAAGAAAGGACAGUAAGAGAUCGGAAUCUCCUCCAAGUGCAAGAGCAUGAGCAGCCGAUCAUGUGGAAGGUGAAGUUCAGUUCGGGAAACAGCAGUCAGCUGAGUAACCAGUGCAGGAAUUCUGUGCAGGGGAAGCUCCUCAUUACAGAUGAACUGGGCUACAUCUGUGAGAGGAAGGACCUACUGGUAAAUGGCUGUUGUAAUGUCAACGUGCCCAGUACAAAGCUGUACAGCUGUGACAGCUGCCUUCCCAAUGGCUGCUGCAGUGUGUACGAGUACUGUGUUUCCUGUUGCCUGCAGCCCAGCAAGCAACAUCUUCUGGAACGUUUCUUGAACCGGGCAGCUAUUGCUUUCCAAAACCUCUUCAUGGCAGUGGAAGAUCGCUUUGAGUUGUGUCUGGCAAAAUGUAGGACUUCAUCACAGAGUGUACAGCAUGAAAACACCUACAGAGAUCCAAUUGCAAAAUACUGCUAUGGUGAAUAUCCCCCAGAGCUUCUGCCUGUUUGAAAGCUGCAUGAUCUAAGCAACAAAGGGAAGGAACUGGAGACUAGAAUCCAAAAGAGCAAGACAACAGCUGCUGCUUUACAGGACCCUCAGUGUAAAUGGCUUAUGUUGUUUCUGGGGACAAACCCAGAGGUGUACAGUGUAAGCAAGGGACUUAAGUUCUCCGGGAUUGAAUCUUGCUUUCUUCAGUUUGUUAUGCACCUGCUUUAGAGUACGAGGUACUAGUACUGUACUAGAGUACUAGUACAUUCUUUGAAUACUUCCUCUAAAUUUUAGGAUGCACAGAGUCGAUCUAGGCUGUAAAACAUCAUAGGAAAAAUACCUAAUGUAGCUUUGGAGCUGCACGUGGAGGUUCAAUUGUGUCUCUGCAGUCCAGAGACUUUCCAGAGUGACAGUAAUAAUUGGAGGACUUUUGCUUUUUAGAGGGUAAAGCAUGCCUGGUUGUGCUUCUCUCUCUGGAGCACUUCUUGACAUGCAUGGUGUACACUACAUAUGUAAUUAUGAAUUAUUUAUUCAUUUUAUAUGGAUUACUAGCUGAAAGUACUGAUGCUUUGCAUAGGUAGUUGUUGAUGCCUUUCAGUCACUGUUUUGUUACGUCAGGUAGAAAGGAUAUUUUAGAUCCUGACUAAAAUUGGUUGGUUUUUUUUCCUCCUUAGUCUAAAGGAAUUGUAUUGGGAUUUGUCACUAUAGUGCUUACGUUCCUCUUAGUGAGUUUAAAGCAUUUAGAACUCCAAUGGAGUUGUUAUUCUGUCAAAGUCCCAUAGCAUGAGAGAAGAGCAGGGAUCUGCCUAGGAUGGGAUGUUUAUUGUCUGUAAACGCUUUCCUUGUUACUCUGCAACAGUUUCCUCGAAGAGGAGUCUUAGUCUUUUAAACAGCUCUCUGCUAGUCCACUUUCUGACAGGGAGCACUGAAGAUUUGUUUGCUUGAACUUGUUCAGGCCUUGGUAAUUCAAAUGUACUUCACUCCUGGUUGUGCAGGAGGCAAAAGGGUGGAGUUGUUCUAGGAUUUCAGUUUAAUGAUGUCCUUGUGCAUGAAGUAAUUAGAAUGUCAGAACAUAGUGCAGGGCCUCCUCUGAGGACAACUGUGUUGCAUGAGUUCAGUUAAACAGUCAUGAUGUUUUUGAUUUGCUGUUUGACCUACUUGCUACUCUGGAAUUUUGGUCUGAUCAGAAUGGCACUAGAACAGUGUUGGUUCUCCCACAAUUUCUCCUAACUCUCUAAAGUUGCAAUUUAAACUGUCUCCCUCUUAAGGCCACUCAACACAGAAAAGAUGGAUAGAGAACCUGUAAAAUGCUGACUAAAUUUGUGCUCCCCUUGCAAGUCACUGGGCAAAGUCCAAGUGCUAGACGAAAUUGGGCUGUUCUUUUCUAUAUGCAGCGCCUCAUUUCUCUUGUUUUUACACCAUCCAUCUCCUCCAUGAUUUUGACUUUGUGUAUGCUUAUUUAAACUGAUACUUCCUAUCCCCUGACUGAAAUAAAACAAUCUACAGAGGCUUUAAAAAAAACCCAACAAACAAACAACCCAAGCACAGUGGUGGAGUAUCCUGGUGCAAAAGAUCUGUAGAAUGCUAUUGCAAUUACAUAUGAUAUAAACAAGUAGUGUUAUCAGCCAUCUGAUAAAAUCCACUUGCAUUGUUUUCAUUGUUCUUUCCCAGAAGUCAUCAAGUGAGAUAAUGGUUCUGUCAGCAGAUUCUCUUGAAAAUCUUGUUUCUCCAAAAGCUUAAAAGCUUUAGUGAUAGCAGUUUAUCCAGCAGAAAAUCUGUCUCCCCUUUGCUGCCAUCCUAUGGCAACUUGCUGCAGCAGAUGUGAUACAGUGUGAAGAUGCAGUGUGAAAGGCUGUCUUCAGAGGGUAGCAGAGGUUACUUCUCUUUUCAGUGUUAAACAGAUUCUUCACCCCUGUUCCAGCACUUCAUAACAGUUUUCCCCAGGGAAGGCCAUCAGGUUGGUCUGUUACACCAUUCCUGCUGAGAUGUAUUCUAGCACUUCAUGUUUUUGCACCACGACUGCUGAUAUCAAGACACUGAUGGCUUACUCUUGCUUUCUUUUUCAACUUGGUAUUAAUUCUUUAUCAGGUGAUACCACCGCUUGAAGCAGUAAUUGUAAGAAAUCAUAAGAACAAACCUAAUUCAGACAACGUUAGUGGGAAUUCCUGGCCCCCUUCUCUUCUAGAAAAACAGGAUGUGAUCAGAAGUGCAUUGUGACCAUUGUCCGUUCAAUGGGACAGAAACGGCAUCCUCCCUCCCUGGUUGUUGAGCUGUUCAACUAGUGUCUAUACUAUAUGUUAAAUCAUUAAAAACUUAUCUGUGUUCCAAAAUACUGCCUGUUGUCAUGUCUUUCCUUGAACUACAAGGCAACUGUACCAAAAUGUAAACUUGAAGAAUGCAGCGGAGCAGAGAGGGAUACUAACUUGAAUAUGUGUAAUAAAGGCAAGCGAGUAGAGGCAGACAGGAAAUCUAUUUCGUUUCAAUCCAAGAAAAGAGCAUGCUUCUCUGUGGUGCACAGAAAGAUCUGGUCCUUUGCAAAAGUGGAUUGAGCAGGGAAAGGAAUGCAAAUAAUUGCUUCAUGUUGUGAAGAUAUGAUGAGAAAUGUCAAAUCUGUGCUUCCUGGUAAUACUACUGUGUGGUUUAAGUGAUGUUCAUCCCUCUUGCAAAAAAGCUUGGUGACUCUGUGGUUGUCAGUGGCUGUCUGACAUCUCCUUUCUGUUUGUCAGCUAAGAGACUCAGGUUGUUGACUUGUGUUUGGCAGCAGAUUUAGUGAGAGCCCUUGAUGGAACGACUAGCUCUGCUUAUCUGCACUGAGGUCAAUGCUGGGGAUAAUUGAAUGGGUUGUGUACUCCUUGAUUUCUGUAGUUUACAGGAAUAUUAAUGCUAGUGAAAAAUGGUACCAGCUGACAUCUAAUGAGGAACAGGUAUAGUAUUUGGCUGUACCAAUUUGGAAAGAGUAAUCUGUGGCAGAAGGGCAAAGCAGUAACUGCCAUCUUAGCUGAAUUUAAACUUGAGCCAUUGGCCUUGAAAGAACCUGCUGUACUGCUCCCUUGGGAUGGUACAUGGAGAAUUGGAUAAAAAUUCUUAUUGUGAUGGGCUGGAGUUCUGAAAAGGCAAAAGCAAACUUCAGGCUUGAGGCCAGCAGUUGAUGAGUUGGGAUCAUGGUUUCUGCAUUCUCAGAAUCUCACUCACUGCAGUGGCAAUUCUCUCUAUAUCCUGUAAGUGUUCAGGCUUUAAUCACUUGGAGAACUUUCUAACAAACCAUGUUAGUAGUCAAUUUUGGAAUAUAAAGCACUAAGCACAGCAAAUUCUAAGCAUGAGUCUUUGUUCUGAUAUGCUUUUAAAAAGCAAACACUGUAUUGACUUCCCUCAUCAUGUAGCUGCACAGGCUCGAGCUUUAGGAUUUGUUCUGUCUUGUUCUAGUCACUUAAACUGCAAACACACUAGUUCUUUAACCUAGCACCAUAAUGUGAUAUUUGUUCUUCAGCUCUUCUAGUCAAGGAGAGGUGGGGGAGGAGGUGAAAAGGAAUUCGCUAACUCAGCAAGUUCCACAAAAGAUGGAGUUCAGCAAAUUAUUGGUGCUUUAAUAAGUCCUCUGCAUUUCUUCACAACCAGAGGCAAACAACUAACUAUAGGCAGACGGGGAAAAAUGCCAACUUCAAAACCUGCAGGGAAGAUGGGAAAGUACUUAGUUCUUCAUUUUUGAGCCAUAUCUAAUUAAACAGGCAGUCCUAUCUAAUAUUUUUGUCAAAUAAGGUCUGACUUGUAGCAACAUGCAUAUUGUCUACAUGUUUUCCAUUUUUGAGGCAGUCAUAUGGCCACAGAUUUUUCUUAGAAAUCACGGUUCUUAGUAGAUUAGAAGUAUAGGUCUUAAGCAAGAAUUCUCAGGAUGCUUUCAGAUUGAAGCAUGUUUGUUGCUGUGGUCUGCUGUUUCGCCUAUGGUGAAAUAAGACAAAGUUGCAGAGUAGAGAAAAGAAAGAAAUUAAUUCUGGCUGAAAAGCUUGCCUUGUAGAAGCUUUUCUAGUAUGUAUUUCAAUUAAGGGGAUAGAAGACCACAAGCUAUAGUUGCAAAUGGAAUGGGAGGCAGGUGUUAGUUCACCUCUGAGAUUACAAUUAAUUUGUUUCUACUAUUAAUGGUUGAAAUGAGGAUUAGCACCUGAUUUCUUGCCAGUUUAAUGGAAGCUUCCAAUAAAAUCCAGCUCUCACUUA